AUGUUCCAGCUUUCAUCUUGCCUUUUGGCUAUACUCGGCGUGACACUGGGUCAGUAUGGAAAUUUGCUGACAAACCCUGGUCAAGUAUUUUUUCAAGGAGGUACACCACCCCAAGGUAUCUUUCAAGGCCAGAGGUUACCGGUCAAUGGACUUGGUUUCAGUAACCCGCCGCCACCACCAGGAUCGUCACUAGACCCAGCCACACAAACAUGUGGCCUCGCCCCACCCUUUUGUGUUAAGUCUAAAUAUCGUACAAUAGAUGGUACCUGUAACAACCUACUUAGACCAACUUGGGGUAUUCCACAAACACCCUAUGGACGACUAGUGCAAUAUAAAUAUGGCGAUGGUGUAAGCCAGUUCCCAAGAGCUGUUUCAGGAAGUGAAUUACCUAAUCCUAGAUUGAUUAGCACGAUUUUGUUCCCUGAUAAGGACUUAGUUGACCCAAUUUGGAACUUAAACGCGCAGCAGUGGGGUCAGAUUAUAACCCACGAUAUGUCUCUCACGGCAGGUGUUGCGCAAAGUCAUAAAGAUCCACUAACAUGUUGUGAUGACAAUGGUAGACUGUCUCCUGAUGCGAAGACAAACCCAUUGUGUGCGCCAAUUCUUAUUCCACCCAACGACCCAGUUCACGCUCCUUUUGGCACGCAAUGUAUGAAUUUCGUCAGAACUGGCACUACAAGAGACCGAGGAUGUACUUCGCCGUAUGCACCUGCAGAACCUCUUACAACAGUGACAGCAUAUAUGGACGCAUCGUUUUGUUACGGUAACAGCGAUCGUCAAUCUAGACAAAUUCGCGCCUUAUUUGGAGGACGUUUAAUAACGGUCCUGCGGGGAGGACGAGAGUGGCCUCCUCAGGACCCUAAUGUUACACUCACUUGUGAAUCUGCGCAGUCUCCAAAUGAACCCUGUUACUUGGCCGGUGAUAUUAGAGUGAAUCAAAAUCCUCAACUAACAAUUCUUCAAAUUAUUAUCUUAAGGGAACAUAAUAGAAUAGCCGAUAUUCUCUCCGCUCUUAACCCACACUGGAACGACGAGACAAUAUACCAAGAAGCCCGACGCAUUGUUAUUGCUGAACUGCAAUAUAUUAAUUAUUAUGAAUAUUUGCCUAUAUUUCUGGGUGUUGAAAACAUGAUUAAGAACAAACUAAUUUAUCCUGGUGUAAAGGGAUAUGUAAACGACUAUAACCCUAAUGUAGACCCCACAGUUCUGGAUGAACAUGCUACAGCAGCCUUCAGGCACUUUCAUACCUUGAUCAGAGGAUACUUGCAAUUGAUCACAGAAAAUAGGCACUUAGCAGGUAUCGUUCGCUUAAGCGAUUGGUUCAAUAGACCCUUAUUAGUCGAACUAGAAAAUGCGUUUGACGACUUAACAAGAGGACUCACUUAUCAACCACAAGACUUUAGCGAUCGAUUUUGGGACAGUGAAAUUACACAGUUUCUAUUCAAACGCAACAAUACGUUUGGAGGGGACCUUCGCGCGACCGACAUACAGCGCGGCCGCGACCACGGCCUCGGCAGCUACGUAGCUACUCGCCGAGCUUGUGGACUGCCCAUUCCUAAGACAUUCUACGAAAUGCAGGACUUUAUAACUAAAGAGAAUGUAGAGUUAUUGAAAAUUAUAUAUGGACAUCCAGAUGAUGUGGACUUGGUAGUGGGUGGUUCUAUGGAGAAGAUCGUCCCUGGAACCCAAGUAGGACCAACAUUCCUCUGUAUUCUUACUGAACAGUUCUACAGGACACGAGUAGGAGACCGAUACUUCUUUGAAAACGGUGAUCCGGAAAUAGCAUUUCUUCCUAAACAAUUGGAAUCCAUACGCCUAGGCUCAUCAAUCGCACGGAUAAUAUGUGAUAACAGCGAUAAUAUACGGCACAUGCAGCCGAAAGCAUUCCAGCAAAUUUCAACUGGGAAUAUGCCAGUGCCUUGCGACAAAUUACCAACCAUUGACUUAACUUUGUGGCAAGAUUUCAAAUACCAA